AUGGCCGUUGCAGGGAUCCAACGUCGUAUGGAUAUCCGAAUUGCUUCAUGCUCAAAGGACUUCAUGUGCGGAUGGCUCUACCCAUCUCAAAUAUUUACCUCAUCGAACCCGGGACCAGCCAUCGUUUUGGCCCACGGCCUGGGCGGCACGACGGAACUCAAGCUCGAUGUAUACGCGGAUAUUUUCAAUCAGAUGGGAUACACGUCUGUUGUCUUCGACUACCGUUGCACCGGAGGAUCAGAGGGCCUCCCAAGAGGGCUGAUUGACUGGCGUAAGCAGCAAGAGGACUGGAAAUCUGCAAUUAAAUAUACGCGACAACUAGAGAUCGUCGAUCCGAACCAAGUCGGCCUUUUUGGAACAUCGUUCAGCGGAGGGCAUGUUAUCGAGAUGGCUGCUACUGACAAGAAUGUCAAAGCAGUCAUCUCCCAGUGUCCCUUUACUUCUGGUUGGCAGAGUUCUCUUUGCACGGGGGUUGCGGCUGGCUUGAGGCUUGGUGGGCUUGGUCUGUUGGACACUCUCUUUGGCUCAGACGAAGCGCCAGUAACUGUAUCGCUGACUGGCAAACCGGGUGAGACGUGA